AUGUCUGAUUUAAAUCGACAAGAAAAUAAACAAAAAGGAUUGAAACAAGAUGAUUUUCGAAAAUUGUUGCAAACGCCUCGACCGGGAGAUGCACCGUCUAAGGGAAUCUUAGGAAUGGCAACUCCAAGACAAAGAGUACCGCAAACUCCAAAACCCGGUGGAACCGGAGCAUUUGCCAAACCUGAAGCACCAGCUUCUAAAUCAAAGAAAAAAUAUAAGAGACCUGAAACUUCAGAAGAAAAGUCUUCUGAUAAUAAAUAUCGUGAUCGAGCUGCUGAACGUCGUACAGGAGCGAAUCCCGAUUAUCAAGAAACAGAACAAAUUCUUAAAGCUUUAAACAAUAGCGAAACAUUAGAAGCAAAAUUAGUUUAUGAACAAUCAAAAUAUCUUGGUGGUGAUUCUGAAUAUACACAUUUAGUCAAAGGUCUCGAUUUUGCAUUACUUAAUAAAGUCCGUAAUGAGAUACAAAGAGGUGAUGAUCAAAAUGACGAAGAAUUAGAACAUGUACUACUAGAAAGAAUCAAAGAGGAAUCUCAAGAAAUACCAAAUAUAAAUAGCAAAAUGGCACAGAAUAUUUAUGAUAUUGCUGUGGUAGAUGCAAAGAAGAAACCUCCAAGGAUUAAUGAACUAUUUGUUGCUGGUCGUAUGGCUUAUGUAUUUGAAUUAGCGGAUGAGAAUGGAUUUUAUGGUGAUCCAUUUGCUAUUUCAACGACUGUCAUAAGAAGUAAAGCGGAUAUCGCAGAUAGUUCUAGAUCCGAUAAAUCUACAAAUGAUUUCGUGAUAGAUAGGAUAUCUAGAGUUAUGGCUUAUGUACGGAAAGGUGAUCAUGAUGGAAGUUCAGAGGUGAAGGAUAAAAAAUUAAAGAAAAAGGUUAAAGAAAAACAACCCGAAAUAGUUGCUCCGGUAAAAUAUGCGGCUAUUGAUGAAUCUGAAGAUAUAUUCGAGGAAGCUGGAAGAGACUAUACAGCAGUUCCUGAUGAACCAUCUGUAGAUGAGAAUAAGAAAGAAGAGGAUAUACCAAUGAUUGGACCUAUUCGUCCACCAUCUCAGUCAGUUGAGGUAGAUACUCCGAAGGGUUACUUUAAGGCAUCACAUGUGGAUAAUGACGCUAUGGAUGUUGAUGAUGAGGAACCGAGAAAUGAAGAUUUAAAGACUUUAAUAAAUAAAGUAGCCUCUGCUAGUGGAAUAAACCAAAUCGAGGAUACUGUAAAGAGUUCUGAAACGUCGGAUAAUAACAAAUCUUCAGUGAAGAGCGAAUUAAAUAAGAAGAGGUUGUAUGAUUAUGACGGUUAUGAAGGAAAUUAUUCUACUUAUGGGCUUGGGUUGAGUAGUUUAAGCAGUGAAGGUACAAGGAAAAAUGCGUACGAUUCUGGACAUGAGGAUUCUGAUUCUGAAGGAGAAGUGCACACCAUAAGAGAUCAAGGCGUUGCCAAGAAUAAAAAGGCACAAUUAUCACGAUGGGAUUUUGAUACAGAAGAAGAAUGGUUAUCAUACAAGGAUAAUGUUACAGCAAUGCCUAAAUCGGCAUUCCAAUUUGGAGUCAAGAAAACUGAUGGACGUAAAACGCGUAGAAGUGGUAAAGAUUUAUCAGAGAAACAAAAAUUGGAUAGGGAUUGGCAAAAGAUUAGUAAAAUAAUGGAACAAAAAUAUGGAGAUGGUGAUGAAGGCAGUUCCUCAAAAAAGAAAGCAAAGCAUGAAUAA